AUGGCGGUUCAAUUGUCCGAUACAGAUCGCGUCAAAGUCUCCACUGAAGUCGCCGAAGAGUUCAUCGAAGCAUACUACACUGCCCUCAACAGCUCCUCCGCCCGCAACACAAUCGCAUCGUUCUACAUCCCUCCCAUACCAGGCACGACACCAUCCCGAAAUCUGCCCAUCAUCAACUACAACGGUGACCUCUCCAACGAUGGCAGCACAUUUCAAACGAAGUUCAGCGAGAUGCCAUAUGCAUUUUACGAAGCGCAGAGCGUAAAUGUCCAGGUUCUGAACCCUUGCAUCGACCCGAAUGGAGCCAAAUCGAGGAAGGAGGCUGAGAGGAACAUGAGUCUGGCUGUGCAGGUCAGCGGAAACGUGAGGCUCAAUGAGAGGAAGGAGGGACCACUAAGGGGCUUUUCGGAUGAUAUGGUAAUUGUGCCCAAUAAGGAGGCUGCUGGUGGGAAAGGAACAGGGAAGACGGGCGAGGGGAGGCAGUGGCUGAUUCAGACGCAAAAUUUUCGAUUUGUGGUUUGA